GCCUCGGGGGCAGGAGAAGCGCGGGCGCCGCGGGUUCCCGAUCUUGCUCCCUGCGCUUCGCGGCUGCCGGCGGGUCAGGGCGCGCGCGGGGCGGGGCUCCAGGGCCGCGGAGCUGCAGCGCGUGGGCUCCGCAGUCCUGCCCGCCCCUGGCCUUGCCCAGCCUGCUCACCAUGGAGGGCCCCGCGGCCUGGCGGCGGCUGCGGUCGCUAGUUGCGCUAGCCCUGGUUGUGGCGCUGGCCCCGGGGCCGCCCGCAGUCCGGGCCGGGCAGGCUCCGCGCCCCGCCGAGCGGGGGCCCCCGGUGCGGCUCUUCACGGAGGAGGAGUUGGCCCGCUACUGCGGGGAGGAGGAGGAUCAGCCCAUCUACAUGGCAGUGAAGGGAGUGGUGUUCGAUGUCACUUCUGGAAAGGAGUUUUAUGGAAGAGGAGCCCCCUACAAUGCCCUGACUGGGAAGGACUCCACCAGAGGGGUGGCCAAGAUGUCCCUGCAUCCUGCAGACCUCACUCAUGACACUACGGGCCUCACGGCGGAGGAGCUGCAGUCCCUGGAUGAUGUCUUCACCAAAGUGUACAAAGCCAAGUAUCCCAUUGUCGGCUACACAGCCCGAAGAAUCCUUAACGAGGACGGCAGCCCCAACCUGGACUUCAAGCCUGAAGACCAGCCCCAUUUUGACCUGAAGGACGAGUUCUAAUGUUCCAGCUCAGGAUCAGGUGGAAGGGUAGGGCAGGGCACACCCAGGUGCUAAUUCUUCUCUGGGGAUCUGAAUAAAACAGGUGAAUAACCUGGAACAGUGAAUAUUUUUUAUUGUCCUUGGUCAAGUCUUCCAUCUCCCUGGGAACACCCACCCCCAUGCCAGCCAGGGUGGUGGGAAUAACAAACGGGAAAGCCUCCCAAAUGUCAGCAUUGGCUGUCUGGGUGCUGGAAUUAUGAGUGGCCUGUAUUUUUUCACAAUUUUCUGUAUUUUCCAAAUUUUCUAUUGUGACCAUGAUUAUUUUAUAAUAAGGGCAAAAAAUAAACUUCCUGUUUUUACAAAGGAGAA